AUGUCAAACACAAAAGCCAACAUCCUCCUAAUCGGCAGCGGCGGCGUGGGCACCAUCGCGGCCCUAAACCUAGAAGCCGGAAACCUCGCCCAAGUAACCGCCGUCCUACGCUCCAACUACCAAGCCGUAGCAUCGAAUGGCUUCAGCAUCACAUCCUGCGACCACGGGAACCUAAAAGGAUGGAAGCCUACCACCAUAACAAACCGCAUCCCGGAGAAGACUGCCCCAAAAUAUGAUUACAUAGUCUGCACCACGAAAGUAAUCGCCGAUUGUGCCCCACUCACAGCCGAUCUGAUCCAGCCGGCCGUAACGCCGGGACACACUGUGAUCGUGCUGAUCCAAAACGGACUGAAUAUCGAAAAGCCCUAUUUCGCGGCCUUCCCGGAGAACAUCGUCCUCUCGGGAAUAAGCAUGAUUGACUCGCAUGAGGUUGCGCCGGGGGUGAUCGAGCAUGGCUCUGCGGAUGAUUUGGUCAUUGGUGCGUUUCGGAAUCCGAAUUUAGAUUGUGCUGUUGAAGUCGCGGCCGCGGAGCGCUUCGUGGGCUUGUAUUCGGCGGCUGGGAAGACGAAGUGUAUUCUGGGACUCGAUGUGGCGUAUAGUCGCUGGAGGAAGUUGGUUUUUAAUGCGUGCUUGAAUUCGAUUUGUGCGCUUACGGGUCUGGAUACCGGGCGUAUUCGCCUUGCGGGGGAUGCGGUGGAGAUGCUUGUUAGGCCUGCGAUGGAGGAGAUUCGCGCGGCGGCUGGGUCUGUUGGGGUGGAUUUGCCGGCGGAGGUUUGUGAGGAGGUUAUUGGGGCUUAUCCGGUGACUAUGUAUUUGCCUCCGAGUAUGCUGGAGGAUGUUUGGAAGGGGAAUCUUAUUGAGGUCGAGAGUAUCGUUGGAGAACCCCUUCGGGUUGGUCGUGCUAAUGGAGUGGCUAUGCCUACUCUAUCUGUAUUGUAUAAUUUGUUGAAGGGCGUUCAGUGGAAGACGAAGGAGCAGAGGGGGCUGAUUGAGAUACCAGCUCAGGGUGGGUCUGUAGCAGAUUCGUAA